AUGAGUGAAAUGACUAGUGGAGAUGACAAUCUCAACUAUUCUGAAGAAAUUUGGGAGCCGAAAGUCUCUAAUAUGGAGCAAACCUUGGUUAGGUUAGUGUCGUCAGAGACUGAAAAACGAGGCAAAAAUAGUAAGCGAGGGGACUUGGGCGGGGCUCAGGCAGAGCCUGCGAUUCAGAAUCCAAGAGAUCAACACGUUAUACAGGGAUCAACAAAUGGGUGGAUGAACCGCUCGAAGUUCAAGCCUCACUUCAACAUUGGCCUGGCAGGAAACGUCAAAAUUGCGACUUGCAUAUAUUGCGGGAAAGUCUACAAAGAAGGCGAGUCGACAGGAAAUCUUUCGAAACACAUCACGAAUAACCACUUGGCAGAGUUUAAAUCGCUCGAAAAGUCAUUUACAAAAGAUCGCGUCUUAGAGUUGCUCUGCCACAAGGGACGGUCUUUGGCCAUACCGAGCAAACUUUGUGCAGAACUGAAAAGUGAUCUGGGCGCGUUUGCAUCUGUUUGUCUUUUUGCGGAAUCUUUGGCGCCCUUUGCUCUUGUGGACUGCGCCGCCUGGAAGUUGAUUAGUGGGAUCUCUGCUGAGACAUCGCUUGUAGAGACUCAAUCUAAGGCCUCAGAGCAAGUCAAUCGGUAUCUUAAGAGAUUUGACGAUGCUUUAAGUGGAAUUCUGGACCUAACAGACUUCGUGAACUUGCAGGUAAGCUCCGUGAGCGUGAACCAGAAAGAAGCUUCCUACCUGGCUUUGGCGAUAUCUUUUGCUCCCAAUCUUCUAAGUGACGACAAGGACUCCAGGCCCGAAAUCCUAUUGAAUAACUAUAUGGAAGCUGAAAAUUUGCAUCUCUUGGACCUCAUUGACGUUCGUGAAGUCUCGAGCGAGGGAGACCUCUGGCAGCAGGUGCGACAGCGGUUGCAAAAAUACGGGAUUUUGAACAAAAUUGCGACAGUGACGGCCAAUUCGGCUUGUUUUGAGGACGGGACAGCACAAUUGCUGGUGUCAAAGCUAAACGACAUUCCGGAGACCUCUGGCUGCACCUACUUGGGCCAAAUCCACCUUUUAUACUCGCCAAGUGCGCCUGCUACUAGGCAGUCAUCUUUGGCUUCCGCUCAAGAACUGUUGAACAACGCUCAGUUUCUCAACAGCAUUUUCAAAGUCAUGCAAUUCGAAAACGCAAUAGGCAGAGACUCACAGCUGCAGACGUCUCUGUCAAAAUUCGGACUCCCUACCACGCUAGGCGAGAAUAUUCACAGCAGGACGGCAACAUUUCUGGAGUGUCACGACAGAUUUCUCGGGUGGGCCAAGUCUCUUGACUUGAGCUCAAACGCUCAUGCAAGGGAUGUUCAGGACUCCCUUGAUCUUUCUGCGGAGACUCUGUGGCUGCUGAAAAGCUUUGUCAACGGUCAGCUCCAGGACGGUACCACGCCUGUGCUCGAGCCGAAACCCAGCGUUGUCUUCCUGUCUGACGACGCAAAGUCACGUGACGAAUCACACCCACUCCAGCAAAUCGCCGCAGCUUUGGACCCGUACGCCAGCUGGGAAAGUGUCAACUUCGAGCUGUGCACCACCCAGCUUCUGGGAACCUACUUCGAAGCAUGCGCUGCGAAGGAAGCGCACGCCGGACGCCACGCUGCCGCGCCAGAAAGCGGCCAGGCUCCCGCGGCAAAGGCCGCGCGGCCCGAAAACCAGCUUUUGAGCGAGUGGGAAACGUACCGCCACGAGGCCCUCGUGGCACACGCGGCCCAAGGCUCCGGGCUGUCGUACCUUGGCCGACGUGGUUCUCGAGUGGACUCGGUCACGUGGUGGCACGAGCGCCGAUUCCGACUGCCUCGGCUGUUCACGCUUGCAGUUGCCCUGCUGUACACCGCGGUCACGUGCCCGUCCUUUUCGGAAACUGUUUCUCUGAUGUCAAGGAACCACCCGCAAUGGGGCGCCGCCCCGUCUGCGACAUCGGCCAGUGCGCGGCGUCACUGUUGUAACCUACUUGUUCUGCGCAGUAGGCUCCAUCACAUGGGCCCACAGACGGUACACGUCGACCGCACUUAG